AAAUGUCUGCAAUGCCACAUUGAUUCGCUUCAAAAUCGUGAAUAGUAUCAAUAUGCUAUGGCUAUGCCAAUAUCAGUAUUGAUAUAUACCAGUGGUCAGCAGGUCCUCCGGGGUCGUGCCCCCUUUUUUCGCGGCUAUCAUUUCUGCACUUCUUUGGCACUGAAGAAGAUACCUUCCAUUGAUAUUUACCUUGUGAACCAGUAUCUAUCUACCUGAAGAAGACAACCAUGGCUGACCGUGAAGCCCAAAUGAGGACAUCUGUGAACCAGAAGCUGAUUGAAACAGGAGAAAAAGAAAGGCUGAAAGAGCUGCUGCGGACGCGGCUGAUCGAGUGCGGCUGGCGCGACCAGCUCAAGGUCCAGUGCAAGGAGGUGGUGCGGGAGAAGGGUCUGGAGAAUGUCACCGUCGACGACCUGGUGACCGUCAUCACCCCCAAGGGGCGAGCUCUUGUGCCAGACUCUGUGAAGAAGGAGCUGCUGCAGCGCAUCAAGACGUUUCUGGCGCAGCAGACGAACCUGUGAUCGGCUGGCGACUACCGCCAUGCCCGUGGUGUGAUAGGACUGGGCGGUGUGACAUCCCGUCCCGUGACGAUGGCGAGGGGCCGGUCUCCGUGUGACCUGUGACCGGUCAGCCGUGUGGGCUGAACCGGUGGCCGCCGGCGCCCCUCCCCCGACCGAUCGUGCCCAGCGCGGGGCGGUGAAUGGCUGCUCAGGGCCGGCCAGGGAGUGAGAUCGCACCUCUGUUCGAUGUGAGUGAUCGUGUAAUCGUCUGUGUCGCCGCUCUGAUCAUUGUGAUAGUUCCAUCACCGCCACACGCGUGACUCAUCCGCUUUCGGCCAGGUGGCAGCACUGCAUGGUUCGCAACGUAUUGUAGCGGGGCCAGCAAGGGUUCUGAAGUCACACGAUUCGUGAUUCCUGUUGCCACAAAUGUCGUGUCGUGCUUGUGUUGUCUGAUGAAGACGCAAAUAUCGCCUAGACACUUUCAUUCAAUGUGAAUUGACCUCAAGAAAUGAUGACACCAUCUUAGUGUCCGUUCUGAAAAAAAAAAAAUACACAUUCACAGCUUUG